GUCUGAAUUACUGACGGUCAGAGUGCGGAAAAAAUGUUUUCGUUACAAAUAUUUUCAUAAAUGCCGGCCAGUUUUUUUUAGAUUUCUUUGUUGCUUGUAAAAUAAAUAUAUUGAAAUUGCUGAUAUUAAUAACAAUUUGCAGUCUUUCACUUUCACAUUAAAUUGACUUUGCAACAGGAAUACCGCAAGUCGAAAGCUCUAUAGAAUUAUAGAAUGACUAUGUAAGUAGGUAUUGAAGUAUUCUGUAAAUUUGACACAUCGGUGUAUGUAUAAUCUGCGAAGGUUUGUGUUUUUGUGUAAUCUGAAUGUGACAAUCGUAAGAUGCAAUUCGAUUGACCGUAGCAAGUGCUUAGUUAUUUUCAAGUGACUCAUUUUUAAAGGAGUGUUCACUGUUUUUUUCGGUGUACAGUGAAUCAAUUGCAAUUAAAAAUUUGCAACUAAGUGCCCGUAAUCAACGACAAAAUGCCGGCUUAUCAUUCUAGUUUUACUGGUAAAAACAACAAUUUGGGUAAUAUGGCUUUAUUACCUAUCAAUACAUCUUUUAGAGGGCCAGCCCCACCCUUGGCUAAUAGCGAAGAAAUGGAUAUUAUUGAUGAAGCGUUGUAUUUUUUUAAAGCCAAUGUCUUUUUUAGGACAUAUGAAAUAAAGGGUGAAGCAGAUCGAGUUUUAAUUUACAUAACUUUGUAUAUAACAGAGUGUUUAAAGAAGUUACAGAAAUGUAUUAAUCAUCAACAAGCACAUAAUGAGAUGUACUCCUUAGCAAUUUCAAAGUUUGAUAUUCCUGGAGAUCAUGGUUUCCCAUUGAACUCUGUUUAUGCCAAGCCCAAUAAUCCAGCUGAAGCAGAUGCUAUGAGGCAAUACUUUUUACAACUAAGGCAAGAGACUGGAGCUCGUUUGAUUGAAAAAGUUUAUGGAGCUGAUGGGAAACCUAGUAAAUGGUGGCUGUGUUUUGCAAAAAAGAAAUUCAUGGAUAAGUCAUUAUCUGGGCCUGGACAAUGAAGUACUUUUAAUAAUUUGUAAAGAUAUAAUACUUGAACAUUUCGUACAAUUAAGUGAGUUACAGAGAUUUUUUUAAACUACAUUAUAUGUUUGGUUUUCUUAUAAGAAAACUUAAAAAUAAAUAUAAAAUGUUUUGUUAUAAAGUA